GCGACCUUGAUAGACGUCUCAGCGGUUCGAGGAAAAUAAAAAGAAAAUCCCCCCGAAGAAGAAAAGCCGCCGCUGUCUUCGCUUUCUUUGCGGCUAAAAAACAAAAGAAACCGAAACGAAACGAAGCGAAUUUUCUAAAAACAAUAACACUCAACGCGUGUGUUGUUUUCGGUUUUCUGUGUGUGUUUGUGCUUUAUCACGAGAUGAAGAUGUUUCAAAAAUGCUGAAAAACGUGCAAGAAAUGCUGCCAAAGAAAUGUGUGAAAAUGCCAGCAGAUGCAAAGUGAAGUUAACCAAGUUAAAGUCGCAAGCGAAAAAAGAAACCGCUUAAGUUUAUGUGCGAAAGGCAAAUCCUUAGUGCAACCCAACUUGUCUAGGAAAAUUAACGGCCGAAGGUGUUAAUUUAUUCAGCAACUGAAAAUCGGGCUCUGCUUUGCAGCUGCACCGUAUAAUCCCCCAGAGUGCGUUCCAUCCAGCUAUGUUGCUGUUAAGAUGCGGCUCCAAUCCUUACCGCUGCUCCUUCUGCUCACCUUCAUCGCCGCCCUCCCGCCGCCUGCCACGCCCUCGCCGCCCACCCAUCCGCGGGUGAGGGGCCACCACUAUCCCCACGAAGAAGAUCGCGCCGAGGAUCCCCUGAUGCCGGCCAGCCUGCUGCUGGAGGAACUGCAGCAGACCAACGGGCAGCUCGUCAAUCUGACACGACAGCACGACGGCGAUACCUUCCACACGAGCGGUUUGAGCAGCGCCUGCAAUGCGGACACCUGCAUCGGACUCUCGAGCGGCACAGCAUCGCUGGUGCGUCUUUCGAGCGAUGGUCAAAGCAACGAUGGACUCAAUCCGGCGACCUCGUCUUUGGCCGGCGGUCAAAUGGAGCUCCUCACGCGCCGCCUCAAGAUGCAGAAGGGUCGCGAGAAUCACGAUUCCGGUGGCCUGGAAACCGGAUGCACCUGCCGAUGUCUUCCCUAUCAGAGGGCCUAUCGCGAGGAUCUGGGCAUCUGCGUGGACGACAUUCAUGAGUGCUCCCUGUCGCCCUUCGUGAGCGGUUCCUCCUCGGAAAAGAUUCCCUUUGUCUUCCUGCCGCUCAAGGGUCAGAUCAUCUAUCCCAGCAGGGAGAUCAGCUUUGCCAGCAUUCACACACCCGUUUGCGCUGUAACCGGCGCCCAGUAUCUGGGUUCCAAUGGCUGGUCGGAUCUGCGUAAUCCCAUAGACACCGACUAUCCGUUUCGCAUGUUCCGCGAUGAGGGACGCAGCUUCCUUUUGUGGCUGGGAGAGGCUGAUCUUCGGCAGAAGAUGCAGGGUCGCCUGAUUGUGGUGCAUCUGGUGUGCAGGGACAUGACGGUGGCCAUGAAUGCCAGUAGUCAUAUCAAGGGCGAACCACUCAUGCCGCCCCGAAAUGUUCAUUCGCCCUGUGUGGCCUUCCGGGUGAAUGGAAGUCCCGUGAAAUAUGCGCAUAACGUCCCCGAGGUCUUCUUUCAACCGGCCAACUCCACAACUUUGGCCUCCACUUCGGAUGGCAUGACCAUGCGGGAGUAUGUGGUCAUUGGUAUAUGCAGUCUGCUCUUGGGUCUCAUCUAUGUGGCCUCAGUCUUUUUAUAUCUCUACAUGAAGAAGCGAAAACGACACAAUUCUCGUCACUCACUGGAUAACCUAACGAACGACAUUAAUUACCCCAAGAACGAUCAAGUGACCUAUGGAGCGCCCUUUAGCCGAGUGGGAAGUAUAUACUCCUCGAAUAGCAUGGGUUUGGGCAAUGGAAAUGAAUCCAAUACACGAACCAGUAUCGGGAGUCUCAAGGAGGAUAUGGGUAUUGUGAAAAAUAAUCCCCUGCUGCAACAUUUCCCGCAGCUAACCGAAAGGGAACACAAUUCCGGCUUUGCCAGCGAUAUUUCAAACUCCAAUUCUGAGUGCGAAAUGGAGGAGAAGAUCAAGACAUCUGUGCUGGUGCAUCCACAGCUAAGCAAGUCACCAAAACCAGCGGGUGGAACCGAUAAUGCCGCUCUGGAUGUGAAUGACUUUCUGGAGGAUAACGAGUGUCUGCCCGCUGAAAAUGUGGCAGUAAUUGAUGAACUCAUGACCGAGGAAAAGCUGGAGAACCUGCGUGCCAUGGUCAGUGGGAAUGUGCGAAAGAAGCUCUACUUUAAUCCGGCUUAUUUCGAGCCCCAUUUACUGGCGGAACCGCCUCAAGCUGCCAUUGAGUUUCUGCAGAAGAUCCGCGAGGUGAUCGCCAUUGCCAAGUACAAGAUGGCCUCGAAGCGAUAUCAACCCUCGCUGAACAUAAUUCCCGAGGAGCUGCAGCCGGAUUCGAGUUCCAGUUCACCCACCAUGUUCAACAUUCCGUUGCAACAGAGUUUGGCCACCAAGGGAAUGGGUGACAAGCGCAAUAGCAUCGAGCAGUGGCUGCAAAGUGUUCCCAAUUCCGAUGCUACGCCCGCUCAAAAGACCCUCGACAGACCAGCUGCUCCUCCACCGACGACGACGACGACCAAGAAGGCUUCCGGAUCUCCGAACAAAGGAUCCCUGAGAAGGGAGAUAACUGCACCCAAGGAGAAACCUCCGCCGCCGCCAAUGCAGAAAUCGAAAACAGAGGAAGGAAAAUCCUCCCCACCAGCAGUAUCUCCUUGUAGUCGAAGUCCUGGCAAAAACAGCCCGGAACAGUCGCCUAAACGGAAAGCACCCUUAGGAUCCAACUACGAGGGCUUCUCCUCCUUCUCGGUGGCCGCCAAUGUCUAUGGAUUCGCCGAGACGGGCGGGGAGAUCUAUAAUAAUCCCAAGUUCAUGCUGGCCGACUCACCGGCGGCCUCGUUGCGCAGUGCCUCCAGUCGCUCCAAGUCGCUGAGGAAGCGCAGUGAGGUCCUGGAUCAGUUCGCCGCCGCCAAUUCGACACCCACCUCGCUCACCUCCUUCGAUCGGCAGCACUACAAUAUGCUGAGGAACAUGAAGCCGGCGGAGGUGAUCUAUGAUUCCCUGAAACGAGAGUAUGCAGCGCAUAUACCAACACCCGACUAUGAUAGCACCAUUGAGAAGCGAAUCAAGGAUAUAUAUAGCAGCACUCAGAGCAGCAUUCCAUCGGUGCCCACUCCGGAUUACAGUUCCCUCAGCAGGAAAUCCCUGAAACAGUUCCAACCCGAUUCUCCCAUCUACCGCAGGAAGUCACCGCAAUAUCUGAUCGUGGACUACGAGACGGAUAGUCUGGAGCGGCUGGAGCCGAGCAAGCGCAAGAGCUCCCACUCCUCCAGUUCACCCUCCUCCGAUGUGAGCUCCCAACUGAGUCCCAGCCUGAGUACCGCCCUGCCGCUCGAGGAGGAGAUGGAGAUCAGUCACACGGUGUACGAUCGAAUGGACGGAUUUCGCAAGGAGGGCGAGAUGAAGAAGCGUCUGGCAGCGAAGCACCACCAUCCGCAUCCUGGCCAGCAUCAGCAGCAGAGGCAAAAGGAGGCGGCGGCUCGCAUCAAGUACGACACUCCCUUUCGGGGCAGCAUGACCAUCGAGGUGGAGCACGAACCGCCCUCGGAUUUGGAGCGCACCGACAGCGAUCAAUUCGAACCGGAUACCCUGGAUCGCAAGCCCAAGAAGCAGAGCUUCUGCGACAUUUCCGCUUGGGAUGGCCACAAGCAAAUGGAUUCGGACUUUAAUCAGAUAAACUCCUUGCCUGAUUUGAGUCGGCAAUUGAGUCCUGCUCCCAGUCAGGCCAUCAAACCGAGGACUGCCUCCUUCAUCCUGCGCUCGAGUAACUCAUUUCGCAACUUGCGAGAGAUCUACGAGUCACCUCUAUUGAUUGCCCAGGAGAACAGCAAGUUCGAGAAGAAGGUGCCACCGACUCCAGAGGAGGAGGGUAGGAUUCUUACCCUAGAGGCCAAACACUCGCGACGCCAGCGUCUCAUGGAGACCUCACCCACCCACUCGGUGGUGGACAUCACCAAGGUGAACAAGACCACCAUCACGAUUUCAUCACCCAAAGCGGCGGAUAAACCACCUCCGCCACUUCGACCCAAGGCCAAUCAGCAUUACUGUCCACCGUUGCAGCAAAGUAAGCGACCACUGCCACCGCCUCCUCCAAACGGACCGUCAUCGGAUCAUCAUCAGGCGGCCCAGGAAGAAGAUGCCUACAGUCUGCACAGUGAAAUCACAGAAGUCACCGGGGUCUCGGAAUUCGAGAACUCCUGCAACAACACCAUGUCCAGUGCUAUAUCGGCCACCACGGAGGAGAGAACUCACACCAAGGGUUCCAAGGCCUCCAAGGCAACCAAACUCAGUGGUAAAACCAGUGGAAGCCAGGAAGAAGACUACGAUGGUUUGUACAACAAGAAGAUCAACAGUCUGCGCAACGACUACAGUCUAACCAAGUAUCUCAAUCGAAGGAAGAGUCAGCGGGAGGAGGCCUCGAAAGGUGGUGGUGAUUCACCAAAGGACGUGGCCCCCGAGCCGGAUUUCAAUAAGAACGUGAAGGAGGUGGAUCUCACCCAGUUCGAUGCGUUGUCCAUAAGCUCCCGUUCCAAUCGGAGCAGCGGUCAUCUCUCCGAGCGAACCAAGGAGAUGUAUCGGAAUGCCGGAGUGCCCGUGGGUAUUGCCUAUCCCCAAAGGGCGGCUAGCAGCUCGGGAAGCUCUCCUUCUUCCGGUGGUAACGUUCAAACCGUCUACCGCUGUGAGAUCGAACAGGCCCAGCUGACGGCUGGCAUGCAGAUUGCCAUCGGACUGAAGGAUCGCGCCAAGAAGGCCAAGGAUCUGAAGAACGCGUGGCGAAAGUUUGUGACCAUGGCGGCCAACAAAUUCAGUCCCAGCCAGAGUCCAGCUCCCACGUAUGGUAGCAAAAACGCGGCCGGCUUUCUGGAGGACGAUGCCAUUGCCUCCAUCAUCGAGGAUGCCGCUCAAUCUGCCAACAUGGGACAACCUGGCAGUCAGACGUAUUACGAACAGCGUUUCGGACAACUGGACAGUGGCUACAUGAGCACAGAUUCCACGGAGCUGUACAAGCGAAAUGUCUACGAUCGGUACAACUUCAAGAUGAUGUCCGGGCGGGGUCAGAUUAUUCGGGUGGACACCAUCGAGGACAACGAGGAGGAGAGCGGACCCAAUGACAAUCGAUUCGAGGACCUCGAACACAUGGUCUCGCCGGGUCACAGUCGUCGAUCGCCGGAAAAUAUGGCCGUCGUUCCUGGCGAACUCAGCGAUGCGGAUUCGGAUAAGACCCUGACUCGUUCCCACUCCCAAACGAAUUCGCAGGAGCGAAAUGUGCGAGGCAGCACGACCACCAUGUCGUCCUACUCCUCGGAUGAAAAUGAACGCGGUGGGCGCAGCACCUGCUGUGGAUCCUCGGAAACGGACGAGGAGACCAACGCCGAGGACAUGUGGGAGUCCGGGGCGGAGAGCAUAGAAACGCACUCGGUGCUCUACAAGAUGAUCAGAAAGAGCUAGAAUAAGUAUCGCCUAAUGACUAGUUUCUAGGGACGUGCAAUAUUUGAAAGCAGACGAAAGACUUACAUUUAUAAGACUAAGGAUCAGUGCAAUAACUCGGAGAUUCUUGCCAAACCACAAGGUGCAAUUUUGUUAGAUCUAAGCUAGCUGGUAAUUCAUAGUGUCUAGAGAAAGGAGAACCCUUGGAAACUGCAUCCAAUACGCAAAGUGCAGGUAUAGAAACGAACCCAAGCCCUAAGAAGUCUAAGUGCAAUCAAUCAUCAUAUUAUAUCGUGUAUCGUAAGUAUCGUGACGGAUGCGUAUUGUGAUAAAUGUCAGCAGUCUUGGGCCGGAAAUGUGCAAUCUUAGUGUUAGUCCCAGUGUAAAUGGCUUAAAGUUAAGUUAUCGUAAUAA